AGGUUUUAGAAAACAUGGCAGAAGUGGAGUGCGAGACGAGUAGAGAAUAGUCCAAAAGUCGGUGCAGUGUACGUGAUAAGAGGGCCCUCCCGUACUCUGAAAGGGUCUGACGAUCCACGAUCGAGGAUAGUGUCACUCAUAGGUGCCUAGUGUGAGUAGGUCAGUUAGAAAUUGAACGCCUCCCUACAUACCCCGACCGUCUCCCCCGGCGCCGCGGUGUGACAGUGGACACUAGUCACACAAGCGAACAGAACACUGACUCCCGUCUGUCUCUUCACUCUCGUGCCUGCUACAAAGGACGAUGGCGUCUUUACCUUCAGCCGCGCGAACGCCAGGCCUGGCCACCGUCCAGGAAGUCGACCCGGUGAGUGGGCAUGGGCUACACUGGCCGAACCAUACUGCUGGGAUGGGACGGUGGGAAAGAAGGCUACGCGCCUUCUAGACGAUCUGGGCACUGCUGGCGCGCGUGUCUCCUUGUCUCCCUGGUGUGUUUUGUUUGUUGCCUUGUACGAUGAAGCAGGAGGGGGUGUGAAAUAUGCAGCGUAUGAAUACGUACUGUAUAGAGACGUGAGCGAAGGGGCCACUAGAAUGACUCUCAAUUUAUUGUGAGCACGUCUUAGGUUUCUUCUAUGUGCGUUCCUUUGUCAUUCUAUGCCUGUGCCACAGGCCCUUUUGUACACUUCUUGAACCUUGCGUAUAGCAUGCUGACUUGUCAUACCAACGCUCUGUGGGUGUCCCUGAGUCACACUUGAAACUGUAUGAGUAAUGCAUGUACGUCCAUUUACAAUGUACACCUCAGUGUAUCUAGUGGUUAGAUCGAGUUUCAGUGUGUAGGGGUGAGUCAUAGUAAUAAGGAACCUGUAUAGACGCCAUCGUGAUCUAGUAAUAGGCCGUGUAAGGUGACCGGGGAUUCUGUGUGCAUGCAAAGACUAGGGGGAGACAUGCUCGAGAUGUAUAAGUUUUCAUAACAGCUGCUACUAACAGUGGUGGGCAUUGCGAGCAUGUGUGCAGUGUGUACUACAAAUACCGGGGCUUUGACCGUUGGGUACUCAGUUGAGGCCGCAACAGUCCUGCGUUAGUGGCAGUCGUGUAAGUGUGUGUGUAUGUGUAGACUAAAAGUUGGUGCUCUCAGGAGGUUUUUGUUCCGCUUAGUUCCUGGAAGUUGACAAAACAAAGAUGGACGCUCACAGUCGUCACCACCGUCACAGAGACGGCCACCAUCACCACCACUCCAGUGCCUCACAGGGCUCACACAGACACACCAGUGGCCAUGGUCACAGUAGCCACACUAGCCACAGCAGUCACGGGCACAGCAGCUCGGGCUCGGGCUCGGGCUCGUCUCGCCACCACCACCGCCCCCCCUCCUCGGGACGAGACACGGGGGGCAACUCCUCCUCAUCAGGCAGUCGUAGUCGUCCGUCGUCGUCGUCCCGUCCACCAGGGGACGAGGUGUACGUGGGAAAGUACAAGCUGCUCAAGACGAUUGGGAAAGGAAACUUUGCCAAAGUCAAACUUGCCAGACACAUGCCUACAGGACAAGAGGUGGCCAUCAAGAUCAUUGACAAGACACAACUCAACCCAGGAAGUCUGCAAAAGCUCUUCAGAGAAGUACGGAUAAUGAAGUACUUGGAUCAUCCCAAUAUAGUGAAACUGUUUGAAGUGAUAGAGACUGAGAAGACACUCUAUCUAGUCAUGGAGUACGCCAGUGGAGGAGAGGUAUUUGACUAUCUAGUGGCUCAUGGGAGGAUGAAGGAGAAGGAAGCAAGAGUCAAGUUCAGACAGAUUGUGUCGGCAGUCCAGUACUGUCAUCAGAAACAUGUCAUCCACAGAGAUUUAAAGGCUGAGAACCUACUCCUGGAUGCCAACAUGAACAUCAAGAUAGCCGACUUUGGGUUCAGCAAUGAGUUCACACCGGGCAGCAAGUUGGACACGUUCUGUGGGAGUCCUCCGUACGCGGCCCCGGAGCUGUUCCAGGGGAAGAAGUACGACGGUCCGGAGGUCGAUGUCUGGAGUCUGGGGGUCAUACUCUACACCCUGGUCAGCGGCUCCCUUCCCUUUGAUGGAAACAACCUCAAGGAGUUACGAGAGAGGGUUCUGCGAGGAAAGUAUCGCAUUCCGUUCUACAUGUCCACAGACUGCGAGAAUCUCCUCAAAAAGUUCCUAGUUCUCAACCCUCUCAAGAGAGCCAGUCUCGAGGGUAUUAUGAAGGACAGGUGGAUGAACAUGGGGUUUGACGAGGAGGAGUUGAAGCCAUACAUAGAGCCAGAGGCAGACAUCAACAACCAGGCCAGGAUACAGAGGAUGGUCCAGAUGGGGUUCACGUCAAAGGAGAUUCGGGAGAGUCUGGCAGAGAACCGAUACGACGAGGUGUGCGCCACCUACAUGCUCCUCGAGAGAGAACUCGGAGACUCAAAUCCAAAUGGGAUCAACACUCUGCCGUCGGCCCCCAAUGGGAUGGGAGGAGAGAUGCCGCAGCCGCUAAAGACGGCCUCUGAUGACGGGAACCUCCACCCAGUCGGGAAGAAGAUGUCUGCACCGGGCAUCCUCCAGCCUUACAACCAGCCUCAGCCAUUCAAGGGGAGAAGCUACUCAAUGCGCCAGCCCACCUCGACUCGACGACAGCAGGAAUACGACAGCCAGAGAAACCCUGAGGUUGUGGUCAACGGCAGAGGAACCGAGAGCUCGGAUUCAGUGGGAGGAGGGAAGGUGUCUCCCCACACCAUGGAGGAGAAGCUUGGCUCGGCCCUCAACCCCAACCGGGCAGAGAUGCCUGGCUCCAAGAGAAAAGGCUCCUACGAUCACCCAUCCACGCGACGUCAGACGAUGCAUUUUGAGACCAAUCACAUUGAGAACAGCACCACACACUCGCACACACAACCAGAGAGCUAUGGAGUGCCGGAUCUGACGACAAGUCUGCCAGUGAGGCACCACAGAGUAGCUGGGGCCGCAGUGGUCAGCCAGCACCAGGCCAAGCUGGGCAAGUCACCGAUAGCUGAAUCUGGCUCUGCCAACACCAGACUUUCCCUUCCUCCCAUUGACGAUGACCAGCUUAUCUUCAGGCCAAGUACUGCACCUCAGAACCAACGAGGGCGACCAGUGAUGGACCUGGCGGCCAUACCCAGCAUGCCCACCAACCCCAACUUCACUAGGAACACCCCCGCACGCAGCACCUACGCAUACGGCACUCGCAGCAGACCUCCCCCUCCCUUUGGUCAGCAGUACACUAUCACGGGCGGAGCCAGUGCCGCCCAGCAGGCAGCCAUCGGAGGAGGGUUCUUCAAGAGACUCAUUCCCAAUAGGUUCAGCAAGAGAAAUAGUGGUCCAAGGAAUAGUGGGCGUGGCAACUCGGAGGACAAGCCGCGGUCCCUGCGGUUCACGUGGAGCAUGAAGACCACCAGUAACAUGGACCCUCACGCCAUGGUGGACGAAAUCUGCCGCGUCCUCGACAACAACUCCAUCUCAUACGAGAAGAGAGAGCGGUUCCUCGUCCUGUGUAAUUAUGGGGAGGGCGAGGGGGGCAACCUCGUCCAGUGGGAGAUGGAGAUUUGCAAGCUCCCCCGACUGUCCCUCAACGGCGUCCGUUUCAAACGCAUCUCGGGAAACAGCAUGGAUUUCAAGCAGAUUGCCACAAAGGUCGCGGACGAGCUGAAUCUAUGAUGACGUGUGUCCCUAUUUAUUUGUUGUAUAUCAGCAACACCGUCCACUGUUUUUAGGUGGGAACUAUGGACGAGCGAGCGUGCGUCGACAUUACUACAUGGUAUAAUAUUAAUUUUUGUACUAUAACAUAAUUCUCCACUCACUUAUAUCAAAUUUGUAUAAGAAAAAAUAACAACAAAGCGUGCCUUGAAUGAUUGCAGAUAGAGAGAGCAUAGUCAUUACGUUUUGCAUCCGAGAACAGAACUCCUCUCUAGCUGUGUCUCAUUUAGUUUGUUUGUUUGUACCUCAGUAUGCUACGUAGUUGUACGUACGGUCGCAUCGGAGCAAUUUUAUCCACACUGUGUGUUCCCGCACUAUUGCUGUGUAUGUAGUAUCGAAAUGUCAUUGUGUUAUUAUUAUUACCUGAUUGGCUACCUGCGUCAUCCUUUCUCCUCCUUUGUAAUAAACACUUUGACUCUGUUGCUCUCAUUUUAGAUGUCCACUGUUCUUGUUUAAGUUAUAUACAUCUUGCAUUUUUUACUCUUUGCUUUGAUGAUGAAACCGAUCAAGACAUGUUUAGCAGAUGUCACGCAUGAGAACAUGAAUAGGACUGGAUAAUAAAUAUAGCUCCAGCUAUUAUGAUACAUGUCUAAAGAAGGAGCUGAAACACAGGACACAAAUUUUACUCAAGUACGCAUGCACUCAUGUGCGAAACUAGCACAAGAGAACUGUCUACUUAGUACCAGUUACCAAGUUGUUUUUUUUUAAAAGGACAGUUGGAGAGAAAGAGUGGCGACCUGGCUAUAUACACGAGAGUUAUACUCAGCGGGCAGACUGUUCAAUAGAGUGUUACACAACAUGGAGUAUGUAGUGAGACACAAAAUGGGAAAUUGACAAGACUUCAAAUUUGGGAGCCAAGGUCACGAUUUGCAUGCAGUGACCAUUGUACAGCGGG